GUGACUCACAGGGAAAUACCUCUGUGGACGGAGGGAGGGAUUAAACGGCCAGAGAGGUAUAAUUACAGUAACACAGCACACAGGGAGAGUAGAAUGACCCUGCACAGUGUUCGCUCAGCUCAGACCAUCAGGACCAGAGGACCACACUGGGAACCAGACAACCGAACCAUCAGGACAAGAUUCAAAGACCUUCUCUCCAGCAGAAGUUCACUGCUGGCUAUUGGACUUUCUGUUGUCUCCUCACUGCUACAUUAGAGUCCACUGACUUUCCUGCAGUUAUCAAGAUCUGAAGUUCUGACCUGUUGAUCUGAAGUUCUGAUCUAUUGAUCUGAAGUUCUGACCUGUUGAUCUGAAGUUCUGAUCUAUUGAUCUGAAGUCCUGACCUGUUGAUUUGCUCAGUGUUUCUACUGUCUGAUCAUCAGUCUCUAGCUAUGUGCUCUCCGGUAGCUGUGUUCUUCUCUGUGGCCGUCUGCCUUCUGGUCGAUGCCUCUCCAACCAUCUCUCCAGCGGUGAAGGUGGACGUGGUGUCCCGGCUCCAGGAGGGGGCGCCAUCCUCUGACUGUCCAUCCUGCUCUCUGUCUCAAAUGAGGAAGAACUCGUCUUCAUCCGGAGGUCAGAGCGACAUGGUGGAGGCCGUAAAACGCCACAUUCUCAACAUGCUGCACCUGAGUGCCCGGCCCAACCUGACUCAUCCGGUGCCUCGCGCUGCACUGCUAAACGCCAUCAAGAAGCUGCACGUGGGCCGAGUGGCCGAAGAUGGCAGUGUGGAGAUCCAGGAGGAGAGCCGGGACUCCAAGGACUCCACGCCACCUGAACCGCCGUCUGAAAUCAUCACCUUUGGAGAGUCAGGAGGCUCCCCAAACACGAUGACUUUUGACAUUUCGAAGGAGGGAGGCUCCUCUGUGGUGGAACAGGCCAACGUUUGGAUCUUCCUGAAGAUGUUGAAGGUUAACAGAGUGAAAGGCAAAGUGAUGCUGCGGCUGCUGCAGCUUCAUCAUCGUCGGGACGGGAACGAAGAAGAAGAGUGUGUUUCAGAGAAGAUGGUGGACACCCGUCGUAGUGGCUGGCACACCCUCGCAGUUCCUCGCAGUGUUCAGAGUCUGGUGGACAACGGCGGCAGCUCGCUCAGCCUGCGGGUUUCCUGUCCGCUGUGCGCCGAAGCCGGAGCUUCACCCGUCCUGAUGCCGGCCGACAGCGAAAUGAUCACAGGACGAGAUCAGUCUCACCGGCCGUUCCUCAUGGUGGUGCUACGAGCUCAAGAGGAGGCUCAGCGGAGAGUCAAACGAGGUCUGGAGUGUGACGGGAAAAUCCACAUCUGUUGCAAACGGCAGUUUUACGUGAACUUUAAAGACAUCGGCUGGGGCGACUGGAUAAUUGCGCCGUCUGGUUACCAUGCCAACUACUGCGAGGGCGACUGUCCGAAUCACAUGGCGAGCAUCGGCAGCUCCUCUCUGUCCUUCCACUCUACCGUCAUCAAUCAUUACCGCAUGAGAGGCUACAGCCCGUUCCAAAACAUCAAGUCAUGCUGCGUGCCGACGAGGCUGCGAGCCAUGUCCAUGCUCUACUACAACGAGGAGCAGAAGAUCAUCAAGAAGGACAUCCAGAACAUGAUCGUAGAGGAAUGUGGCUGCUCAUAAGCUGCCAGCCUCUAGAGACGCUCAAACACUUUGACAACCUGCUUCGUGCAGGAAAAACAUCCGAUUAGCACUUUCCCAGCAAGGACAAGUAUUAUGUUUGUGACAAAGCACGGGCUUUGUUUUAGGGAGACUCUUUUCCACAUUGGAACGAGCUGAGAACACUAUGCAACAAUACCACUAAGUCCAACUUCAUCCAUCUUCAUUCAUAAAUGUGUUUUUUAUUGUUUUCUAUCAUUAUGGGAAAACAUGACUCAGUUAUUAAUAUGGUCCACUGAAGUGUAAAGAAAGGAGUUCAUCCUGGAGCCAAACGAGGUCCUUAGAGUUGUUAUUAAUGAGGAGAACGGAGAUGUUUGCACAGUGAAUUAAACUCCUUUAUUCCACAGCCCAACUCUGGAGCUGAGAAGAUUCAGAUGAAAGCCAAAGACAACACUGAUUCGAGUUUUGUUUAUUUUCCUAAAAUCUUGCUGAGCUGUGAGAUACUGAAGUUAAGUUAUUAACAGACUGAAAACAGUUUUCAUCAGCUUGGUCCCUGUUGUUGCCAACUUUCUAUAAUUUAUUUGAAUUUUUUGUCUUUUUUGUUUCAUCAUUAAACAAACUGUGAGUCAA